UCACCAUGUGUUGACCAUAGAUACGUCUCUGUGUGUUGAGUUGACUCGCAGUCAGUGUUGGAGUUUGUGACUCUUCCUCUUCCGACACUUGGAGCAGAUCACGUAGCGAGAGUGAAAAUACGUAAUGUCUGUUCUGUUGUGCGCGUGUGUGGAUAUAGAUGUAAAUACCGUAAUAAGAAGACAAAUAAACACCGUGUGAGAUAAACACCGUCAUUCAUCUGCCUGGAGGUGCUGGACUCAAUGUAUGAUGUAUAGACGAGGACGUUCUAGGAGAUCAAAGAAAGCAGGGACGUCCACAGGACAGAGUGAAGGUCCUGGUGUCCAUGUGUUUCUGUUCUGGACCAAAGAUGGAGAACGAUGCCUGUCUUACAAGAAGGGUGAGGUGACUGCUGAAGAUCUCACCACUGAAGCAGCAAAGGCUGUGGGGAUCACUCCAGUCUGUCAUGCCUUGUUUGCUCUGUAUGACCCUGCAUCCUUGUGCUGGUACAGUCCAAAUCACAAAUUUAAUGCGGAGAACCAGUCGGGCCUGUUACUGCAUUUUCGAAUGAGAUUUUACUUUCAUAAGUGGCAUGGAUUAGGUGAAAAAGAACCAGAAGUGGGCCGCUAUGCAUUACGGACCUCAGCUGGGACACAGCAGGCGGCUUCUCAUUUGCUGGAGCUGAGUGCCCUGGAAUACCUGUUCGCUCAGGCGAAAUAUGAUUUUGUGAAUGACCUGACAUUGGAUGCAGUGAGCGGAGAGGAAGAGAUCGGCCGCUUUCAGAAUGAAUGUCUGGGUAUGGCUGUGCUUCACCUUUCAUACACGGCUCUGCAGACCGGCUCUUCUCUACAGGAUGUGGCCAAGCAGACCAGCUUUCUCCGCUGCAUCCCGCUGUCUUUUUCCCGACACAUUGCCAAAGAGAACAUCCUGACAAGGUUCCGGAUUCGGCGAGUGUUCGCGCACUUUGUGAACACCUUCCAGCAGCACACGGUGGGCGUGGGGAAGCUUGGAUCACAAGAGGUCAUGUACAAAUAUCUAUCCACACUGGAGCGCCUAGCACCCCAUUUCGGCAUCGAGACUUUCCCUGUUUUCCACCUGGACCUGAGAACUGAAGGAGAUGGCAGUGGCUCAUACCUCAUCACCUCCCGUACACAAAACCCACCCGAGGAGACUAUAAACGGUGAACCUACUCAUGAGAUCAGGGUGUCUGGAUCUGACGGCAUAUGGUGGAGGAAGUUUUCGACACAGCGGAGCCAGAGCAAUGACUACAUUCAUAGUAAGAACAAAGAAACAGAGGCACUUGAUGAGGAGGAGGACUGGAACAUCUUCUGUGAUUUCCCAGAAAUCUCUCUGAUUGCCAUUCAGGGCAUCAAUGUGUGCAUCAGUCGACAGGACAACAUGUCAAUGGAUGUAAGUUUGGGCUCCAGUAUUCAGGCUCGCUCUCUGGUCUCACUGCUGGAUGGAUAUUUCCGUCUUACGACCGAUGCUCAUCAUUACCUCUGUCGUGAAGUGGCUCCGCCGAGAGUGGUCCUCAGUGAGUCCAACGACCUGCACGGUCCCUUAAUGGAUGAGUUUGUGCUCCAGAAACUGAAGAGAGAAGUGGAGGAGGGUGCGUUUCUUGUGCGCUGGAGUGCUUUGGAUUACCAUCGCAUAAUUCUGGCUUCUCUAAGUCGGUCAAAGAAGGAAGGAGAAAAUCCAGUCUACAAGCAGUUCCGAAUCAGACAGAAGGGCUCCAUGUUUCAUUUGGAAGGCUGGGAUCAAGACUUCUCCAACAUAAAAGAGCUCACCAGCAGCUUAAAAACCUUCGUGCUGAAGUCUGGAGAGGACAGCUUCACUUUGAAGAAGUGCUGUCUGCCCAAACCAGGAGAGCUGUCAAACCUUCUUAUAAUAAGGAAGGGUGCCAACAGCAGCAUUAAAAGUGCUUCAGAAACCCCUGACCUGAGCAAACUGAGCUUCAAUCCAAUUAAAGACAAGGAGAUUACAAAGGAGCAGCACCUGGGACGUGGCACCAGGACUAUUUACUCCGGCUGGCUGAAAAUCCGCGGUUCACUAGAGGAUGAAGAUGAUGACAACAACAAUCACUGCAAAAACAAAGGCAUCCGAGUUGUCCUUAAAAUUCUGGAACAGAGCCAGAAGGACAAAGCGUUAGGCAUUUUCGAGACGGCUAGUUUAAUGAGUCAGGUGUCUCACUGUCAUCUGAUCUUUGUUCAUGGACUUUCAGUCAAGGGUUCUGAGAACAUCAUGGUGGAGGAGUUUGUGGAGUUCGGCCUAGAUGUGUUUCUUCACAGAGAAGCUCAUGUUUCUCCUCAGUGGAAGUUUACUGUCGCUAAACAGCUUGCCAGCGCUCUUUGCUAUCUACUGCAAGUCCAGGGAAAGAGAUUUGCCCCUGGGCAGCUCACUGGCGUCACAGACCCUGGAGGUGGAGGGCAAGGGGGCCCUAAUGAGCCCAGACCACACGCCCAGGGAGAGAGGUUUGCCUCUGGGCAGCUCACUGAGGUUAGAGACCCUGGAGGUGGAAGGCAAGGGAUCCCCAAGGUGCCCUGA